AUGUCAGCUACUACAAAGAGAGGUGGUGUUUUAGGAUCUAUCAGGAAAUUUAAACAUCUAAACAAUAAUAUUACUACUAGUACACGUUCUACCCCUAAGAAGUUAAGUACAUAUAGUAUUAUUGAAUUUGGUUCGACAAAUUAUUAUUUAAGUUCACUAACUGACGAUAGUUUAUACUUCAAAAUAGAAAUUAUUGAUAACAACUCCAAAUCUAUAAAUUUCGAUUUAAUAGUAAAGAAAAAUGUCAGUGAUAAAGAACCAUUUUGUAUAUUACAAUGUAGGAAUAGCGGCACUGAGAUAAAUUUAAUAUAUUUCUUACAAAAUACCGAUUCUGCCUCACCUAUAAAAUUGAAAUUAUCCCGUGUACAAAAAAUUAACUUUGAUGGGUUCGAAAAUAAUAUCUUGGACAUCAAAUCCCUAUACGAAAAAAACCUACUGAUAAAUUUCGGUCUUGAAUUGAAAAUGGAUAUCAAGGAUGUAACUGCCGCCAGAGGCCAAAUGUAUACUAUUGGUCCCAUGCCUGAAUUGAAAUUAGCUAAGAGAAAUUACAUUUUACAUAGAGGUGAGAAUUCAGAAGAUUCUAAAAAAUAUCAUGUAAUCAAUAAACAUAAUGUAUAUUUUAGACAAGGAAAUGAAACGGACAAACCUUCAGAUGAUAAGAUACUUUGCGUAUUUAAACCAAAUAAAAAGAGGUGGAAAUCUUCUGUAUCAAGUACCUUAACAAACUUUGGUAUAACAAACAAUAAUAAUAGUAAUAAUAAUAGUGUUACCAAUAAUAACAAUAAUAAAGAGGAAACUGUGUUAUUGAAUAGAAUAACCUCAUCUGUGAUAGGAUCUUCGUAUGAUAGUGAAAAUGAGGAUGAAUCCGAUAGAACUAUUGGUGGUUCUAGUACUAACACUAAAAAUAACAAUGUUGGUCUUGGAAUUAAUGAUCUUAUGAAUAAUACAGAGACCGAUGAUGAAAAUGGUUUAUCUGUGGUGGGGAUAAUAACAAUAGAUAAUUCAAAAUUAGCCUGUAGCAGUGAUGAUUCAGCAUUUAAUCACAUGAUUGUAUUGAUUUAUACCUUUGCUGUAUCUUAUUUGAAGUUACGGUGGGAAAAGAAAUUGAUAAUAUAG